UUCGACUUAUGAACCAACACAAAACAAACAUCGAGGUAUCACGUUCUGUUACGUAUUGGUUUUUUUUCAACAAAAAAAUAAUUUUAAUUAAUUAUCUAUCAGUAAAAUAUUUAUUAAUAUUAAAAGUAUAUGAAAAGAAACUUUCUAGAAGUUAACCGAAAAUUUAAAUUACUUUGUGAAUCGUGUGUGUCCAACGUUUAUUCACUCAAAAUUAACCUAAAAAAUUUGUAAUUGCAUUGUAGUUUGUUGUGAAUUUUUAUUAUUGAUCAAAUAUGUCAUCACCAGCAGAUGAUCCUUACGCACAUGUUGCUAAAGGUGCAUUAAAAUUGAAAAAUACCGAAGCCAUCAGUAAAAAAAAAUCCCGAAAACAAGAAAACAAAAAAUUAGUCGAAGUCGCUAAAAUAACAGACGAAGGGCAAACCAAACCCGUUGAAAUAAAAAGGACUAAAGCAGAAUUGGCAUUUUUGAAAAUGCAAGAAAAAAUGCAAACUGAAAGAAUAAAACAGAAGGCUUCGAAGACCCAUAAACAGCGAGUGGAAGAAUUCAACAGACACUUAGAUAGUUUGACAGAACAUUUCGAUAUACCUAAAGUCAGUUGGACUAAAUAGAUUAUUUCUAUUGUUAUCAUUGUAAUUAAUCAUUUAUUUUUUAAGAUAUAAUACGUAUAAAAACAAAUAUUAAAAUAAAUUUAAUUUAAUUUUGCAUUAAUAAUUGUAUUAAUUUUAAAAUCAUUUGUAAAAAAAUAAAACUAAUUAUAAUUUUAGUUUC